UUUGCCACUCUUCACCGAAAAAUAAAAUAUCAGUUUGGUAAUUUUGACCGUGUUUCGACGAAUCACAUCAUUGUGCUUACCAUCUCUAACUCCCGCUAGACUCUUUACAGUAAAUAUCUUUCCUGUUCUCAAUUUUGAUACGUCAAUUUAGCGGAGCCCUUGCAUAACUUGAUUUUUAGCCAGGAACCGUUGAACCUUGGUAAGCCAGCCAACCAAUGCUCUCCCCCACAAAUCUUUGAUUGUUAUGAGUCUUUGCUUUCCUACAUAAUAAUUUCCAGGCAGACGUCGCAAACUACAAUACUACAUAUUGAUAAUUUACCAACAUUGCUUCUAUCACAAGUAUAUCUUCAUCUUUCAAAUGAUAUCAAUCUAAAAACUCCUCCCAUCAAUCCCUUUUCUCUUGCUUGUAAAAGGGGGAAAGCUCCUACUGGAGAGUGCGGUUUUGGAAAGAUGACGACACAAUUUGUCCUGAAGUCUGACCAAAUGGCGGCUUCACUUAAUGUCCAAGGAGCCCUCAACCACAACUUUAGUUUCGACUUGAAGAGCGACAAGUAUUCCUGUAGUCGAGUUUGGGUAUGGCUUCUUUUUUGGUAAUCCUCUAUUUAAAUGCCUUUCCGCUGACACAAAUUCAAGGACCCUGUAAAUGCAAGAUUUGAACCUUGCUUCAUACCAUUCAUAGCCGGUAUUCCAGCAGUCAUCAGUGCAUUAAUCAUUCUAGGGUUUCUGGCACAAUUACUACCAAUCCGUCGUUUAUCACCAUCAUGGCUUCAACCAUUUAUAGAAGAACCAGAGGAGAAAUCUGGCGAAUUUGAAGAAGGCCGUCGACGACACAUGUUCACAACCAUGACCAUGUGUUUAUUAGGUGUCUCGAUUAUUGGUGCACUACUACAGCUAUCGUCGAUAUUCUAUCCUGAUUUUCAUCAAAAUCAAAAUUUCCACUUAAUGAUGAUAUUUCCUACAAUUUCAUGGGCAGUGGCAUGCCUCCUCAUUGCUAUUCUUCAACCAGUGAAGACACCUAAAUCUCUACUUGCCCUCUACAUUAGCAUUUUUGUCUCGCAGUACUUCGUUUUACUUGAUCGAUUCUCGACUUUACAGCUGAAAGAUGGUCCAUUGGUUCUUUCUUGGGUGGCUUCAAUUGCAGCGACCAUUAUCAUUCUGCAGAUGCCCAUGCGUGAUCCGUCUUUCGGUAAUGACGGGAUAAGCCCAGUCUUCAGCCCACCGACUGACUCACUUCGAAGUCCGGAAGACAACCUCACUCUAUGGCAAUUUAUGAGCGUGUCUUGGAUGUCACCUCUCAUGUCAAUGGGAAGAGCUAAACAGCUGAACGAAGACAACGUUUGGAGCCUGAGUUACCAGUUUCAACAUAGGAUACUACAUGAAAAGUUCAGAGAUACGCGUGGCUCGGUACUAAAGAGGCUUAUAGACGUUACAGGUAUCGAUCUUAUUAUACUCUGUUCUUUGGGUAUUUACAAAUCAUUCGCGGGUAAUCACACCAUACUUGUUCUAGAAUCAUAAAACUAUAAACUAAUCAUUGGAAUUUUCAAAGAUAUUGCUGCACCUUUGCUACUCCAGAAAAUACUCGCAAGUUUGGAAAAUCCGCUAGCCGCCAAGCAGGCCACACUGACAUACUCUUUGAUCGCCCUCGUCAUCAGGCUAGUAUCUGCUCAGUGCGAUGUAUUCUCAACUUGGUAUGGUAGACGCUCCUAUGAGAGAUCCCGAGGAGCACUCAUUACUAUGCUUUUCGAGAAAUCUCUGUCAAGAAAAACAAUUAGUGCAAGCACAAAGCCAAAAGAGGAUGAACAUACCAAUGGAGAAACCAAUAGAGUCAAUGGAACAAAUGGAAUUCAUUCUGCUGAUUCGACGAAAGUGCCUCCAGUUCCAUGGUGGAAAAGAGGAUUGAAUAUGGUUACAAAACCUUUUCUCUCGUGCUGUGGUUUGCGAACCAAAGAAGCUAAGAAGCCAAAGGAACCGGCCUCAAUGGGUAAAAUAUUGAACUUGAUGAGGUUAGCUUGCUCUUCCAUCAUCCAGAAAUUGAACUAAUAAUCUUCAUAGAGGAGAUGCUUAUGAAGUUGCCCAACGGUAAGACCUAAUUCCUAAGAUUAUUCACUUAACCUUACUAAUAUGCAACAAAGAUUUUGGGACUUUGCUGAUUUUAUCACGCAACCCCUUGGAUUAAUACUUUCGAUUAUUGCUGUAUGGAAGCUUCUUGGAUGGCCAUGCUUCAUUGGAGUGAUAGCUGUUUUCAUAGGUCAAGCUUUUAGUUUUUUCGUUUUAAAGGCACUUAUGUAUUAUGAAAGACAACGAAGAACGGCCUCAGACACUAAACUCCACAAGAUUAGUCAACUCGUUGAGUCGAUCAGGUAUGUCAUCUCAAACACUUGAACUAGUACUGCUAGUCUUCACUGAAAACUGGAAUUUUUGAAGUAACUUCUUUAUAGACACUUGCGUUGGUAUGGAUGGCAAGAUAUUUGGCUUGCCCGCAUUAUGGAAGCAAGACAGAAUGAAUUGUGGCUGCGUGUUAUAACCAAGGCGUGGGGAACUCUUUUGUCAUUUGUGUACAUGUUUUCAAGUGGAAUGUUUCCCGUGGUGGCAUUCUGGGCUUAUUGCGUCUGGGCGGGUCAACCAUUGCGUGUUGAUGUAGCCUUUCCUGCUCUUCAACUUUUUCAGAUGCUCGAGAUGGGACUACAGACUGUGCCAGGUCUUGUAACAACUCUUCUCAACGCUCGGAUAGCAAUGGGACGUAUCGAAGACUUUAUGAAAGAGCCUGAUAAACCAGAGGUAGAGGCGAACCAAAGGUCAGAUGAUGGACUUGAGAUGAAUGAUGCCUCAUUUGCUUGGCCUGGAGCCACAGAUCCUGUCUUAAAAAACAUGACAGUCUCAUUCCCAUCUGGAUUAUCACUUAUCUAUGGAGAGGUUGCAUCUGGAAAGACAGCUCUACUACAAGCUCUUCUUGGCGAGCUUGAUCAUCUUAGUGGCGGAUAUAAGCCAGUGAAUGAGGUGGUGGGUUAUUGUGCACAAACACCAUGGCUACAAAGUAUGAGUAUUAGAGACAACAUUUUAUUCUCUGCUCCAUAUCAAGAAAGUCGAUACAAACAAGUGCUAGAUGCCUGCGCUUUGAUCCCUGACAUGGUAACUUUCAAGAAUGGUGAUUUAUCCUUGAUUGGAGAAAACGGAAUUGGACUGUCUGGUGGACAAAGGGCUCGUGUUGCAUUGGCACGAGCAAUUUAUUCCAAUGCGAAAAUAUUGUUUCUUGAUGAUCCUCUUUCUGCACUUGAUCACCACACCGCCGAGUCAGUAGUGAAGAAAUGUCUAACAGGCUCAUUGGCGGAGGAAAGAACUAUCAUAUUAGUGACUCAUCGUACCGAGUUAUGUCAAGGAAUAGCACAACAAAUUAUCAGAAUGACGGAUGGAACAGCAGAAGUUUUUGAUCCUGAAUCCAUCCCUUCUGAGUUACUACACACAAUAAAUUCUUCAAAUCCUGCAGUAGGAGAGCAAAAGGAAGAUGAAGAUCAAGCAGCCGCAGCGAUGCCUGAAAAAUUCAUGGAAGAUGAACAUCGGGAGCAUGGUGGUAUCAAAGCUUCAGUCUAUUGGGAAUAUAUCAAAUCAGGAAAGUUGAGAUAUUGGGCUCUAAUCAUGGUGGUCAUAACUUUUCUUCGAUUCGUCGAUAUUGCCGAAACGUGGUUUCUCAAAUCUUGGGGAGAAGCAUAUGAAGGGCCACGGAAACCAUCCCGAGACCCAUUCAGUCGACUUCCAUCACCUGAAACCAACAUUCAGCCAUGGUUACUUGGAUUCUUUCUCUUUGCUGUUGCUGAAUCUGUUGCCUGGGCAUUGUUCCAGGCCUCUGCACAAUUAAUGGUUUAUACAGCAGGUAAAACCAUUUUUGAGAGGGUCAUGACCAGAGUAGUCCAUUCGACAUUUCGCUUCUACGAUGUGACACCAGCAGGACGUUUAAUGAAUCGUAUGACAUCAGACAUUAGUGUUAUCGACGGAAAUCUGAGCUCUCACUUUACAUCAUUUGCAUUUUUAAUUAUCCUGUGGUUUACAUCUAUUUUAGUUAUCGGAUCUCUGACGCCGACCUUUUAGCUUUGCAAUCUUCCUCGUCAUCACAAUUGUAUUGAUAUACAUACAAUUUCUACCUACGUCUCAGAGUUUGCGCCGUCUCGAAAUGGUCUCGCUGACUCCAUUGAUAUCGAAUUUUGGUCUACUUACCGAGGGGCUUGGUACCAUACGCGCAUUCUGCGCCCAACGUCGUUUCCAAGACCGAGUAAUUGAAGUAACGGACAUUUUUCAGAAAAUGGAUCAUUUCUAUUGGUCAUUACAGGCAUGGCUUGCUUUUAGAUUCAAUAUACUUUCAGCUAUAUCGACAUUUCUCAUGACAGUCAUAGCAGUAUACCAAAAUUUAUCGCCUGGUCUCACGGCCUUCGUUCUUGCAGCCGCAGGUAGAUUCGUGCGGGCAACGAAAGGAUUAUGCCAAUCUUACGGCCAACUACAAAUGGAAUUUGUCUCAGUAGAACGUGUAGUAGAACUUCUACAUCUCGACCAAGAAUCUCCCGGCGAAAUUGAUCCUCCAGCUUACUGGCCACGUCUCGGCGGCGACAUCAUCUUCGAAGAUGUAACCAUAAAAUAUGCACCUCAUCUCGAGCCUUCCCUAGAAAAUAUAUCCCUAACCAUCAAAGGUGGCUCGAGCACCGCGCUCAUCGGGCGCACCGGGAGCGGAAAAUCCACGCUUGCCCUCUCCCUCCUCGCCACAACCCUACCAAGUACAGGCCGCAUCCUCAUCGACGGCAUCGAUAUCUCCAAAGUCAAAACUCAAGCCUUACGCAAACGCAUCACAUUCCUCGCUCAGGAACCCGUUUUAUUCCCCGGCACUAUGCGUAUGAAUCUUGACCCAAUGGACGAAUACACCGAUUUUGAAUGCUCAUCUGUACUUUCCAAAAUUGCAGUACGCCACAAUUGGACCUUAGAUAUGAAUAUAGAUUCUGGCGGUAAAAAUCUAAGUCAAGGACAAAGACAAUUAGUAGGACUUGCGCGAGCCCUUUUAAGGAGAAGCUCAAUAGUUAUUAUGGAUGAAGCGACGGCGAGUAUUGAUAAAGAGACAGCGGGGAAGAUUCAAGAGGUUAUUAGGGAGGAGUUGGCUCAGAGCACGGUGCUUACGAUUGCGCAUCGGGUUGAGGCUGUUAGGGGCGCGGAUUGGUGUGUUGUGCUUGAGAAGGGGGGGUUGAAAGAAUU